AAUUUCCAUUACAAUAAACUGGGAAAUAUGGCAAAUCACUAUAAUUAGUUUGGAUCUGUUUUUUGUGUAUUUACCUUUCAAAAACUUACAAGAAAUAAAAGUACAGUGUAACAAUGAAGGAUUACUUUUUGACUGAAAUUUUCACAUCUAACUGCUAACAGCAAUUAGCAACAUGCAUACGUCGUUUUAGGCCAAAAAAAACAGAAAGACAUCGUCUGUCACACAAUCUGAACCAUUUUUCAUUCAGUCAGUCUGUGUGUAUAAAGGCUUAUUAUUCAUGACUAACCUCUAUGAUCCAGAACAGUGAUAUUCAGAUAAUGACAGUUAAUGUGCCUCAAUCUGUGGGCUGCUUUCCAAGUGAUACUCGGCAUAUGAUAACUAGAGUGUAUGAUGAGAACAGACUAAAUCACCAAAGCCACUAACAUACUGUAUCGGUGGAAAUUUCCACUAUCUGCUUCUGAGAACUGAAAAGACUGAUCAGUGCUUACUCAGCAUGUUCUUUGCUCAAAAUAGCUGUUUUUCCAGUAGAGCUGUGUCAUUAUCAGUAGAGUGACCUAACUCACACGCAUGAGAACAGCCCACCUGCAUCCACAGGAUAUUAGGAGAGCAGAGGAGCAGGUGCUUCACUUGCUUCCUCUGAACAGUCCAGGACUAUACAGGUGAGAUGAAAGGCUUCUGGUUGUUGCUGGUGCUUGUGGCUGCGGCCAAAGCUGAGAAGGUCUUCAAUGGAGAUCAGGUUAUCCGGGUCAAUGUGAAGUCAGAGGAACAGAUCCAUCUCCUGCAGGCGUUGGAGACGGCGCAGGAGUGGGAGGUGGACUUCUGGCUUGGCCCAGUCUCCACUGAGCUCCCUGUGGACAUCCGAGUGCCCCGCUUCAGUCUGAUCCCUGUGAAGGAGUACCUUACUUUCCACAACAUUCCCUUCACCGUCAUGAUUGAAAACGUCCAGGAACUUCUUGACAAAGAGAAAGCUGAGAUGGAGGAGAACCGGAUGAAGGAACGCAGCACCAGGAGCUUAAACUUUGGAGCCUAUCAUAAUCUCGAUACAAUUUACAGCUGGAUUGACACUCUGGUGGCCGAUUACCCUAACCUGAUCACCAAGCAGCAUAUUGGGGUGACCUAUGAGAACAGGCCCAUGUAUGUGCUCAAGUUCAGCACCGGUGGUAACAAUCGCCCUGCUAUCUGGAUUGACACUGGUAUCCACGCCAGAGAAUGGGUUACUCAGGCUACUGGAGUGUGGACCGCCAACAAGAUUGCCACGGAUUACGGUACCGACGCCUCCCUCACUUCCCUCCUGAACACCAUGGAUAUUUACAUGCUGAUCGUUGCCAACCCUGAUGGCUAUGUUUUCUCCCACACCAAUGAUAGGAUGUGGCGCAAGACCCGCUCUGUGAACCCUGGCUAUGCGUGCCGUGGAGUCGAUCCAAACAGGAACUGGGAUGCAGGCUUUGGUGGCCCCGGUGCCAGUAGCUACCCCUGCUCCGAUUCCUACCACGGCCCCUCGGCUAACUCUGAGAUCGAGGUGAAGAACGUGGUGAACCUGAUCCAGAGCCACGGCAACUUCAAGGCCUUCAUUUCUGUCCACUCCUACUCCCAGCUGCUCAUGUACCCCUACGGCUAUGUCUGUAGCAGCGCAAACCAUCAGGCCGAGCUGGAUUCUGUUGGCAGAGCAGCAGCGCAGAAACUGAGGUCUCUCUAUGGCACCGCCUAUCAAGUUGGAAGCAUCUGCAAUAUCAUCUAUCAAGCCAGCGGGGGUAGCAUUGACUGGUCCUACAAUUCAGGAAUCAAAUACUCCUUUGCCUUCGAGCUGAGGGACACUGGCCGCUACGGUUUUAUCCUGCCAGCUGAUCAGAUCAUCCCCACUGCCUCAGAGACAUGGCUGGCCUUGAAGCAUAUCAUGGAGUAUGUCCGUGACCAUCCCUAUUGAGGACUGUAUAACCACAGAUAGAGGAGAAACUUCAAAAUUGGCUGACUCAGCUUUGAAUUUAAAGCUUCCUCCACUUUAUCAUUCUGAGACCAAUAAAAACCCAACAUACCCAUUUUAUCUGUC